AUGUUUACUCCGCCUCGACUGAGUGCAGAGGCCUCGUGGCUGAGAGACCAAUCACCUACCCACCAUGGCACAAGGACGCCAAUCCGCUCAUCUGAUACCCCUGAACCAGGCACCCCUACACUGGUGAACCCUGCCUCGGCUCUCUUGCAGGGUUUGCUGAAAGAAGAACGCGCCCACCGAAGCUCCCGAGGAACCAUAUUAGAGGACUACAAAGAUUCUUCUCCCCCAACUCCUGAAACCACGCGAACGCAGGGGGAGACUGCGUCGGAAAAGGCACAUAAAGCGAACGACGUCUUCUCCGCCGGUCAGAGGAAACCGAAAGAGAUGGGGAUGCGGGAAAUGGACCAAGUGAGUUCAGGAGGAUGGAACACCCAUGAGCCCGAUCUAAUGUGUUUGAAGUAUGUCUCCAAGAUGAACAAGCUCAAUUUCGAUUUGAAGCUCGAGAUUUUCCACCGCACACAGCAGAUUGCUAUGCUGGAAAAGAAGCUGGAACGGAUGGCGGAGAUGGAAGAACAACUGGCGCACAUGGACGAUUUGGUUACAGAAGUGAAAGAACUCCGAACCACCGAGAAAGACAACCAGAUCCUGCGUGAAUCCAACGAGCAACUCCGCAUUGACCUUGACAAGCGAGACGUGGCUGUUACCGAAGCCGUCGAGCUCAUCUGCCAAUUAGAAUCGAAAAUUGACAUGCUGGAGAAUGGCGACCGGACCUCCAGGCUGUCUGUGUCACGCCCGAUAACCGCCGAUGGCUCCGAGGCAUUUGCGCCGAAAUCCCAGACCAUGAUUGAGAUCCCGGAAAGAACCUCUUCCAAGCGAAAUUCAGGUGUCUUGAGCGUUGCUCAGCACCAGGCAUCGUCUGAGCGACGCAAACUCUCGAAAGCACCCUCCUUCCUACGAGCGGAUAACAAGAGUACUGCCACGUUGCGAAGCCUUUAUGUUCCCGAAGAAGAAGCUCAGUCACGCUCUGCAAGGACUGAACUUUCAAAAUCGGAGAGCUUCCACACGACCACCGAGGGUAUGGACCCCGAGUCUCCCAGACUGAGCGUGCUGAGUGAAUGCAGUGAGCUGAAUCCGUUCGACACGCCUACGAGGUGGCAAGAUUUUGAUCAGCUCGAGAUUCCAGUUCGGAGAUCUUCAUCGACCUCAGGCAGCUUGGAUAGCUAUGCUGCCCCCAGCAGGCGGGAAGACAGCAAAGAAGACCAGAUUGAUCGGUGGAUUCAGUCCCGCGAAGACGUGAACCAGACUAUCAUCACGAGACGGAGAAACCGAGCAUCAUCUGAUGCCACCAAGGACAGCAUUCCCGACUAUGCACCAGACUUGUAUGCUCCUAAGCCGCGUGGGCGCGGACGUCUGGAUGCAUCUCUUUUCGGAGGGCUCAUGUUUCCUCCCACUCCUGAUACUAUGAGUACGGCGUAUGCUACCGGUGCAAACCGAUCGGAUGGGUCGAAUGUGUCGAAUAGGAGCGUUGCAGCACAAAAGAGUCUACAGACCGAGCAGGAUUUGUUUUUCCCUGACAGGCGAGUUAACCGCCCAUGUUCCGCGGAAGCGAUGGCCAGUUGCUAUAGCUUCAAUGGCAGUGAGGUUGAUGACAGCAUGCAAGCCAACUGCAGUGAUACUCCGCGCCUAGGAGUCACAGCUGACGAGUCGCGUACUAUGUUGCCCCCCUUCCCCACCGUUUCCUCGAAAGCCAGCGCACUUCUCGGGCCCGGAAGCCCCAACAACCCUUCUAUUGAGUCAUUUAGGGAUUUAUACCAUGCAAAUGCCAGCCAAGCAUCGACCCCAACAAUUAAACGUGUCCGUAGCCCAACCAAGGCUAUGACCCCAGAGCCGCACACCCGUGAUCGUGACUCUUCCUCACCGCUCACACCUCAAGACUGGGUUGCCGCUGCAAAGCAGGGUCCACGGUCUCGCAAGCCCAAGCCGCGUGAGACCUGCGACGAAAUUCAACAGGCAGAGCAGUCACCACGCAAUGCCACCCGCCCUGCUAUAUUCCACGACGACAGCAGUGUUGCUUCGGAUCCAAGCGAGCCCGGGGUCCCCAGUAUUCCAACUCUUGACAUGACCACUCUAGACAUCCUAGAACAACCCUUCGACCUCGCCCCGUCAAAGCCCAAACCUGAAGCCAACCCUGAACCCCGUCGACGCCUCAGCUUCAUACCCCCAUUUUUCAAUCGCUCAACCAACAAUGCCCGUCGAUUACCAGGCCUUCCAGCUCCAAAAGGCUUCAAAGACGACCACGAAGACGGCGCCCCAUCCCCGGUAAUCCCCAAAACCAGGACAAUGGGCGGCGCCUCUCGAAGACCCAUGUCCCAAACAAUCACCGUCCCAAACGACUUUUACUCAUCCAACCCCUUAAUCCAUAAUGAAGAAUCGCUCUCGGCCUCCAGGCCACGAGGAUUCGGGCAAUCGUCGACAACGUCAACACUUGCCGACCAAACCAGCUCUGCAGCAGUGUCAGGACGCCCCUUCACAUCUCAUGGCAUGGAAGUUGAACACAAGAGGCGCAGUUCACUGGGCAUCUUCGGCUGGAUGAAGAGCAAACGCUCUGAUUCAGUGUCUCUUUCUGGGACGGAGAAGUCCACUGACACCACGCAGAAAGAGAAUCGCGCUUCUUCGCGUCUAGCGUACGAAACUCCUCAGGGACUUGGGAUCCCCCGUGGCGACACGCCGGACUCCAUGGAGGCUCAUGCCCGACCUCAGUUCGAGAUGGCUGUUCAUGCAGAUGACCAUGCGAGACGACCUCGAUAUAUGGGUCGUCGUGCUCGCAGGAGUUGA